CGGCUCGAUCCGAGCUGAUGCGCAGCCGACGAUUCCGAUCCCCUCCCAUCGAUCCCGUCUCGCUCCCCACGCCGGCGACCGGAGAAGUGACCGCGCAGCGGCGCAGCGCAGGCGACGGCGACGGCGACUCCUUUCCCCGCUCCGGCUGCGGACAACCCGGCGGCGUCGUGUCAGGUAAGGAUUGAAGAGGGUAUGAGAAGGUGGACACUGUUGCUGGAGUGAUUUGACCACUGGAAAUGGUGUUGGUCGUGAAGCAGCACCGCUGCACACACUCGGCAAGCUGCUCUUGCAUCAAGGGCCACCUCAGUGAGGAUGCACUGUUCCUUGUUUUCCGUCACAUGAACUGGAACCCUAGGCUGAUCGCUAUCCUCUCAUGCGUGUGCAAGUGGUUUGAUGAGGUCGCCAAGCAGGUGCUGUGGAAGGAGUUCUGUCAUGCGAGGGCGCCAAAGAUGAUGCUGGAUCUGCAUUCAGGUGGCAGCCACAUUGUUGAUGGGAAUUGGAAGGCACUUGGGAAGCUGCUUAUCUAUUGCAAUGGCUGCACAAAGGGGGGGCUGUUCAACAACAUUCAUGUCCCGGGCCAUUUUGUGUUCAGGACGCGCUUUUCAAGGACCGCGGGCAAGAGUUUCCUUCCUCUGCCAUGUAAGUCGGAUGUCUUGUAUGUGUCAGAUCCAUGCGAGCAUCUUGAUCAAGGGGAAGAAGGUGACUUGGGUUUCUUCCGAGGCAUCUUUAAGUCGUUCGCCACUUCAAGGGUCAAGAAGAUGUUGAUUGAGAAGCGGGCUAGGUUUCAUCCAAGGGAGUUGUGCCCUUAUUGUAAGGCCAAGCUAUGGAACAUGUUCCAGGCAAAUAUGAUUGCGAGGAGUGCUUCCACCAGGCUGGGUGCCUAUGAUGAUUCUGUGGAGUAUUUUGUAUGCCUGAAUGGACAUGUUAUUGGAAUUGGUACCUUGCUACCUCUCUCGGAUUCAGAGGAGGCAGCAGAUGAGUAAUCCUCAGGAACUUGAAUCAGGUUUGCAAGAUUGAAGCCCAGGGGUCGUGAAUAGCAGACAGUGGUACUGAAUCUUGGUUGUGACUAGACAGUGGGAUGGCAUGUAAACCGCAAAACUGCAGUGGGACAAGAAUCCAUGAUGGGCUUUGCAUCAAACUGCAGUGUUCUUCCUGGUGCCUUGCAUCAGAUGGGAAAAAAAGAGAGGAGCUAUUUUACAUUGUCUUUCCUUUAUUUAUCGAUACCUCAUAGUUGCUCUUGUAAUUGCAAUCGUGACUCUAUCCUCUUUCCUUGUUCCUACAUGUUCACAGCAUGUAGAAUAGGGUGCCUGGCUUAGUGAGACUCGAGAUGUGAAAUUUGUGCUCAUGAUAUUCAUGUGUGUUCCUUACUGCGUGUUGUCUUUGUUGCUGACUUGACUGUAUUUUGGUCUCUGUACGAAUCUGGACACUGAAGCAGUCGAUCUGUAGGAACUUCAUAUUUGUUUUUGAAACGAGUGCUUCAUGUU